AUGGAUUUGAUAUCGCUUCCACCCUGCUCGCGACGCUUGGAACUGACGACGAUGGCGAACGAGCAACCGAUGGCGUUGUCGCCGGCGUCCACCUCGGCGAUUAAGAUCUCGACGACAUUUUUAAAGACGCCUGUCAAGACGGACCAGGAAAUACUCCAGAACUCCAUGCUGGAAGACGAUCCAAAUUCCAACACAAUACUGGCGAGCACCGAUCUGACCGGAGGCAACAGUGCGAACCAUCUCGAAAAACGGCCACGAUGGGGACCACGCCACAAAGGAGCACAGGAACUGGCGAAGCUAUACAGUAACGGAAAACGAACUCAGGAACUUGUCUGCGUUUAUAUCUGCAUCUCGCUGAUGGUGCUGAAUCUCGCCCUAAUACUAAGACACUUUCGUUUCGAGCGUAUCAGCAACGUCGUGGUAGCGGCCAUCUUUGGCAUACUGACGGCAGACUUCGGUUCCGGGCUGGUGCACUGGGGUGCCGAUACCUGGGGGUCCGUUGAUUUACCCAUUGUCGGUAAGAACUUCCUUCGACCAUUCCGUGAGCAUCACAUCGACCCGACCUCGAUCACGCGGCAUGACUUCAUCGAAACGAACGGGGACAACUUUAUGGUCGCGCUGCCAAUUCUGGGCAAGCUGGCGUGGAACUUUUUCACGAGAACGAACGCGGAAAUACAGCAGGACUAUGCUAUCAGCGCGUACCUUUUCCUCUGCUCGAUCUUUAUCGCUAUGACUAACCAGAUUCACAAAUGGUCCCACACUUACUGGGGUCUGCCGAGGUGGGUACUGUUUCUGCAAAAUCACCACAUCAUUCUGCCGCGACGCCAUCAUCGUAUUCAUCACGUCGCACCACACGAAACAUACUUUUGCAUAACGACAGGAUGGCUCAACUGGCCGCUAGAAAAGAUAAAAUUCUGGUCCACACUGGAGGCAAUCAUCGAGUUAUCGACCGGACACAAACCUCGGGCGGAUGAUUUAAAAUGGGCCCAAAAGCAUACUUGA